AUGAUACAAAUCUAUGAAGAUGUGAGCAGCUCAGCGAAGUCCAAAAAACUUUCUGCGAAAUGGAUGGCCGCAGAAUCACUCUAUCAAGGCCUUUACACUACCAAAAGUGAUGUGUACGUACAAAAGAUUCCCACUCUUUUAAGCACAUUUUCGAUAUAUUGCUGCUCAGAAAACCUCAGCUACCCUAAAAAUCGUGAUCAGUGAGUUUAAUUCAAACCGAUCUAGAAUUCCAGUGGUUAAUAUAGUGGGUAAUUUCAUACUUGUCAGCGCAAUUUUGACUCAGGACUAUAUAUAGUUUUCAUAGUCAAUAGCGAGAGCUGCGUCUGUUGAAUUCUUACAUCAGAGUGUAUGUAAAGACCACUUAGAAGCUUUCCUUUGCCGGGAAAAGUUUACGAAUAUGCGACAGACCCGUCACGUAAAUUGGUAUUGAUUUUCCUACUCUAUUAACCUUGCUAGGCCAUUUGCUAAGGGCUUUGAGCAUCUGAGGCCUGGUGUCAUAGGGUUUAGUCAAGCGCGAAGGCACGGAAAGGUGGAGACACGCCCUUUUCCCUUAAGUUCGUCAAGUAAAAAGAAGAGGGUAAAAUUUAUAGUGUUUAUGCAGUGAGCAUAUUCAUAACCUUUGUGAUUUUCUCUACAGUUGGUCUUUUGGUGUUGUUCUUUGGGAGAUGGCUACAUUGGGUGAGUAGACCGUCACAAACUGAUCAUGUUGCCUUCCAAGGGGAGUGAGAUCCCAAGAACUGUCCUCCCCAGUGCUACGGGGGAUAUGACUUGAAUAGUGCGACUAGCCUGAUAUUAAAGGACGACACUGGGACUUUCAAAAGAGUGAGUCCUUAUUAAAUAAGGUUAUGGCCAUCAGGAAACAGGCUGAUACCUGAUCAGUUGUUUUUGUGGCAAGCCAUGCCAGUAGGUUUUUUUGUUUUGAACUAGGCUUUAUGUCUGAAAUCUUAAAUAAGUGAUAAUCGGCAUCAAAUAUGUACGCAUUAUAGAGAGCAUUAUUACUAAGCACCAUGCUUUCUUUCUUUCUUUCUUUCUUUCUUUCUUUCUUUCUUGCUUUCUUCCUUACAUUUAAAUGCAACUCUGACCCCUACUCAAUCACUAUUCUUUAGCAAAGCUGCAUUAUUGAGGGCGGGGAAAUGAAGACUCGUGGACGUUGACAUUUCCAGUAGAAAUCUAUCCAAUGGAAUGAGCCGUAUUUUCAAAUAAUAACAUGUAUAUUUUUUCUUUUUCAUAACGUGAUCAGGAGGCGCACCAUACCCCACGCUGACCAACUCAGAGUUGUAUCGACUGCUUGGCAUUGGCUAUCGCUUGGAAAGGCGUGACAUGUGCUCCGAUGAUGUGUACGUUUCUUGAUCAGAAUCGUCUUAAAGUUUACAAAUAGAUUCGAUUUUUCCGUACGUCUUCAUAGUUAUAAAUUAUAGCAAUGAACGUUGCAGAAGACAAGUCGGUUGGCAAUUUUGACGUUUUCUUCGAUCAAAUUGGUUACUGAACAGACGGACGGCAAAAUCUUAGCUUAAAUAUUUGUUUCAUACAGCAAUAUGAUAGUGUUAAGACUUUAAUAGAGAUCGAAAGCAAGGAUUUUUUCUCCAUGUUUGAUAUUUCCUUAUGGUAAUUGAUUAAAACUACAACCCCGGACAAAACUGUUGAGACAAUUCCAUCUAUUUUCUAACUUUUGCGCCCUACUCCCGUCUCCCCUAAACACAAAAAAGUAAACCCCCUCCUCACCCCCUAUUCAAAGUUGCCUUGGUCUAAAAACCAACGUGUAUAAUUGCCAUGCUAUCCUAAACAACUUUGGAUAAGGGGAGGGGGGAAAUCGGGCAUUCAUUUGGCGGCGGUUUCAGUUUUUGCCGGGAUGACAGGAAAAAAUAGGCAUUUUCGCGAUUUGUCUCAACAGGUUUUGUCCGGGGUUGUCUGCGUACUGUUUUCGGUAUUCUUUAACUUUCAUAGCAAUUACCUCAAGUUAUAGUCCUCUCUUUUGGUCAAAUUGAUAAAAGCCAUUGUUUCAGCAUACUUUUUUUUUCUUUUUGAAUGCGAAAUAAAAUUUUUACAGUAAAAAUUGAAGUUAUAACACUCUGAUUACAUGAUCUGUCAAAUGACAUUUACUCUGUGACGUUACCAUGGGCAUGACUUUCAACGGCUUACGUGUCCGUAGACGCUUUGCCUGCUCAAAUGAUGACAUUGAUAUGUAAUCGCCAGACAAAAUGGAUCUCUCGAGAACUUCCGAUAGUGACGAAUCAUUUUCAGGAGGCUCGGAAAUAUCGCAUGAAUCACUAGGUGAGAGGAAGGUUAGUGCGCUUAUCUGGUCACUUACAGUCACGCGAAUUUGGCUCAUUUUUCCAUCCCGCGAGUAAGUUGCCUUAGCAGUGAUUACGUCGUUCGCCAAGUUUAGUGCAAAGAUCCUACACUUAAUAGGACAACAUUGCCUCAGUUACAGCAAAUGUGAAAUUGUGUACGAACGGGAAUGUGGUAUGAUGGAUCUCUCAUUUCUCCACGCAGAUCCCGCGGAAACAAUAACGGGAAAUCCCUUGAUGUGUAAGGUGCUUCGAUGAGCUUGCUAUGCAAGAAAAACGGAGUAGUUUUUCUCGCAGACGGUUAACUUAACGAAUAAAGUACCGCAGAGGAAAGAAACAUCGGUUAACGACGGUUAACAACGGUUAACAACUUUUCUGAAGAAAAACAACAGUUAGACUAUCAGUUUCCUUUAAUAUAUUCUGUUAACCGCUGUUAACCGUUGUUAACCGUUGGAAUAAACAUGUGCGUGCCUGUUAAUCGUUUAUUUCAAGCGUUUACGGUGCUUUCAAGCAUUUUCCGUAGUAUAUAGAACCUUUUUGUUGAUUUUCAAGCAUUAAAAAGACCUUUUUACUCAAGGGAAAACUUUUUGACACUGGUGUAAUUGUCAUGAAAUGCGCUGUUUUUUGCCACAAAAGAACUGCCAUCGCGUGACAACAUGUUUUCGCUGUAUUUGUGAUCAAAGAGGCAUUGCUUUCCCUACAGAUCCUAUUUCUACCCAUUUUGGAAGUUCUUCAUUAAUAUUUGUUCUUUUGGCCUUGGUUGUCAUAGAAGAAUUAACGGUUUUAUCGGCAUGGAUUCCAUUAUUUUGUCAAGUAGAUAACCUGGUAUAUAUGUUGUAAAUUGUUCUAAUUACACACUCACUAAACGCGGGUAUUGUUAACUCGGUGAAGCUUACUUUUCCAGUUCUACUCUAACUACAUGGAGAAAGUUGUCACUGCAACUAAGUAUCACUACCUCUAAGGGUUAUUUUUAACUGCUCCGCCGCAUUCUUGAGUCCUCGUGCAUGACCUGCACACCACGCACUAUUAUUUUUGAACAGGACAGUUGUGCUGCGCAAAUAUAAUAAAUACCCAGUCUUAUCUAAUUUAUUCGACAUGUAAGCACAAUUAACGUUGGUAAAAAGGCCGGAGGUAAGGCUCCUAUUAAGAUAUCAUACUUGUGACACACAGUAACUCCUUAACCGUGGCCACCAACCACAAUUAAUUUCAAUACUUUUUCUGUAAAGAGCAUGAUUUUUUUCUCAUUUAGGUAUAAGGUUUCUAAUUUAUGGCUAAAUUUCUAAGUGCAUAAUUAAUGCGUCCUAAUUGUUUUUAUGACACAUUCUUUCGUAGUCACAAAGCUUUAGACAAGUACAACAUCUGUGCAAAAAAUCAAUACCCUCCGACCUUACAUUGCGAAGUUACAGCGAUUUGAACAACUGGCCUUCACAGACAACCCCGGACAAAACUGUUGAGACAAUUCCAUCUAUUUUCUAACUUUUGCGCCCUACUCCCGUCUCCCCUAAACACAAAAAGUAAACCUCCUCCCCACCCCCUAUUCAAAGUUGCCUUGGUCUAAAAACCAACGUGUAUAAUUGCCAUGCUAUCCUAAACAACUUUGGAUAAGGGGAGGGGGGAAAUCGGGCAUUCAUUUGGCGGCGGUUUCAGUUUUUGCCGGGAUGACAGGAAAAAAUAGGCAUUUUCGCGAUUUGUCUCAACAGGUUUUGUCCGGGGUUGUAGGUAUUCUUUCUCUUAACUGGUAACAGCUUUAUUAGCAAAAUUUGGCGACGUUGGCUAAUUCUUUCAACUUGGAAAACUUUAAACAACAUUUCCAGUAGACCAUUCCAAAACCAUCCGCCACACGAGGGUCCCAACGCUGUCGUAUUUUCUCUCGCGUGCCGCUCGCGUGUGUACUUCUCACGAGAUCGCCCUAAGUGUAGAGCUUGCUUGCAGGCUUGGCAAGAAACCGACAAGCCUAAUGAACCGGCGUGAGUGGCUCCCAGCUGGUUUAAAGGAAAAACUAUUCUACUAAAUCGGGGUGUGUUACGUCAAAUAGAAACGGUUUCUAUGUAUGUAAUAAUGGAUUGGAACUGUGACUAACUUAAAUUGUUGUAUUUUUUUUAUUCAUAACAGAUAUGAGCUGAUGACUGACUGUUGGAAGGAGGAACCUCGCUCUCGUCCCACUUUCUUUCAGCUGAUCGAAAAACUGGAGGUGAUAAUGCAGAGGGAUGCACCAUACUUGGAUCUAAACAAACAUAAUGAUGAUCACCCGUAUUACAACGUGCCCCCUGAAGCUAGUGGUGAUUAA